AUGCAACAUGCACACACAACAUUGCACAGAAAAAGAGGAGAAGGAGAAUCAGAGAACAGAGAGAGGGAGAGAGACAGACGAACGAGAGAGGCGAACGAGAAACUGCUGGUGGAAGUAAACCAAGAUACGAGACAAUACCAUGCCAUCGGGCGAGAUAGGUUUCCCUUCCCCCACCCCCUCUUUGUUAUUAAAAUGAUCUUCACGAUUAACUUGAUUUUUUUUCCCCUUAGAAUUUUACUUUUUCUCCGUUAUUUUUUUUUUUCUUUUUUCCUUUCUCUCGUGCGGAGAUACGUUACGUGGAUAAUUCCGGAUAGUUAAGAGAUCUAAGAGGCACAAAAGGGUCAGGGAACGAGGAAGGAUUUUAA